AUGUCAAUGAGAAUAAUAGGAAGAACCGCUAUCACGAGUAGUCGUAAUGUUGUGCCGAUGAUGAUGAAGAUGACCAUGAGUACAAUUUCAAGAUCAUUGCCAUCAAUAUUAGGGAGUUCGCUCACUAAGAUAUCGUUAUAUCGUCAGCAAUGUUUACCUCAUAGCCUGGAUUUGAAAAAUAACUUCAGUACGACAAUUAUACGAUCCAAGGACGAUACUAAAGAUGACAGAGGACAAACGGGGCAAAAAUUAGGAUCCUUUAAAGUAGAUAAACCACAAUUAAUGAUAGCAUUUACUUGUAAGAAAUGUGACACCAGAUCCUCACACACGAUGUCAAAACAAGCAUACACGAAGGGGACAGUUCUCAUAACCUGUCCCGGUUGUAAGAAUAGGCAUUUAAUCGCUGAUCAUUUGAAAAUAUUCAAUGAUGAUCAUAUCACCAUUGAAGAUAUUAUGAAAAGUCGAGGUGAGGAUGUUUCACAAAGCACCGAUGAUCUGAUUUUUGAAGAUAUUCCUGAGUCUUUGAGAGAGACAAUUGGACACUAUGCUAAAGAUGCUCCAGAACAUAUGAAAGAGAAAUUAAAUAAUGAAGAGAUUCAUAGUUUACCUCCAAAUACCGAAGAAAAACUCUGA